CAUCACCUCUCCAAACAACCGCAUGUUCGCUCGUUGGGACGGUGAGAUAGCGGUGUUUUCUCAUGUCGCUGCCUCGUCCUCCGCGGAAAACAUCGGCUGAUGAAAGCAAGCGUCUCUUUUUGGUGGGGCGGACUGGCAAUCCGGAACCGAUUGGCUCUAUCUUCGUCUGUAGGGGAUGACCGACGAGAUAGCACCAGGCAGCUGCAAGAGUAACGCUGGGAGCUCUAGGUGGAUGUCGGUGUAUCCGAAUGUCAUCGGAAUGCCGAUCGUGUCUUCUCCUCUCGUUCCCGUGCCAGUAUUGAGCAAAUGCUGACUGUGAACCCCGGCAAGACGCCCAUCAGUCUUCUGCAGGAGUAUGGAACGAGGAUAGGCAAGACUCCAGUGUACGAUCUGCUUAAGGCAGAGGGUCAGGCGCACCAACCCAACUUCACGUUCCGCGUGUCCGUGGGAGACAUCAGUUGCACCGGUCAAGGCCCAAGUAAGAAGGCAGCGAAGCACAAGGCAGCCGAGGCUGCCCUGAAGAUGCUGAAAGCAGGCGCCGGCAGUUCUGUUGUCGUUUGUGGAGGAGGAGAGGCGUUCGUUGCGGUGGAGGCGGCAGUUGACGGAGAGAGCCCACCAUUAGAGAUGAAGACUUCCAGCAGCUCGUCCCAACAGUCUGAGUGCAACCCUGUGGGAGCUCUCCAGGAGCUGGUAGUGCAGAAGGGCUGGCGCCUACCAGAUUACACCGUCACCCAGGAGUCGGGACCCGCUCACCGCAAGGAGUUCACCAUGACCUGCCGCGUCGAGAGGUUCAUAGAAAUAGGAAGUGGCACUUCUAAGAAGCUGGCCAAGCGGAACGCGGCCGCUAAGAUGCUGUCCCGUAUCCAUGAUGUCCCUGUUGACCUGAGGAGCAGCCAUGAGGCUGAGACUGAGGAGGACACCUUCACCAUGCACAUGGGCAGCCGAGUGGAGUCAGGGAAGUGUAAAGGUCUGGGCUGCACCUGGGACUCCCUGCGUAACUCUGCUGGGGAGAAGAUCCUGCAUCUCCGGAGCCACCCCCUCGGCAUGCCCAGCUCCAACUUCUGCUCCCUGCUCAGCGACCUCUCAGAGGAGCAGCGAUUCGACAUCUGCUACCUGGACAUAGAGGAGCGCAGUCUGAGUGGGCUGUGCCAGUGUCUGGUGGAGCUGUCCACUCAGCCAAUCACAGUUUGCCACGGCUUCGCCCCCAGCCAGGACGCCGCGCGCUCCAGCGCGGCCCACAAUGCACUUCAGUACCUCAAGAUCAUGGCCGGAGGGAAGUGAUGUCAUCCUCCCCAACGCCUGGAACUCUGGCGGAAUUGACUGCGGGAGCGGACGGAUGUGACCGUAGCCACGGAAACGACCCCUGCGGACCGCUUUAACCCCGAAUGAGUAAUGAACUGCCCCAGAGGGGAGGAGAGACUUUCCCCUCGGCCAAUCAGGAGACCUGAUAUUUAUCUCUUCGUCUUCGUGCCUCUAGAUGUCCUCUGGAAGAACCCCUAUCUGCCUCCCCAGAUCCCCUUACCUGCCCCCUUAUCUGCCCCUAAACCCCAAGGAGACAAGGACUCAGAUCACGCCAGCCCAGACCCAGGCCUUUAGCCCAGGCCAGAACCAGACCUUUAGCCAGGCCAGGACCAGAACCAGGCCUUUAUCCCAGGCCAGAACCAGACUUUUAGCCCAGGCCAGGAGGAGACCCUGGCCCUUUAUAGCCCAGGCCAGAACCAGGCCUUUAGCCCAGGCCAGACCCAGGCCCUUUAUAGCCCAGGCCAGAACCAGACUUUUAGCCCAGGCCAAAACGAGACCCAGGCCCUUUAUAGCCCAGGCCAGAACCAGACUUUUAGCCCAGGCCAGGACGAGACCCUGGCCCUUUAUAGCCCAGGCCAGAACCAGACUUUUAGCCCAGGCCAGACCCAGGCCCUUUAUAGCCCAGGCCAGAACCAAGCCUUUAGCCCAGGCGCUUAUUGGACUCCAAAAUGCCUCCUGCUUGCCUUCAGAUUAUGUGCCACCAUAUCCACCUGUAGCAGGAAAAAAAUGAUUUGAUCCGU